UCCUGGUUUCAUCCACAAACCCUUCGCCCUCCAAAUAUUUCUUGAAGAAGCUCUUGGAGUAGCUGACAGCAAUGCUCUGAUGAUGGGUCUCAGAGAAGUGUGAAGGGCAGCACUCCAGAAACCAACACUGAAGAUAAUCCACCUCCCUCCAGAAAAUCUUCCAGACAGAAUACUCCUGUUUCCAGCAGCAUGGCCUCUGAUCUGGAAAGCAGUCUCACUUCCAUAGACUGGCUCCCACAGCUUACUUUAAGGGCUACUAUUGAGAAACUAGGGGGGUCCUCACAAGCAGGCCCUCCGGGAGCUGCCCGGAAGUGCGCCCCAGGCUCGCCGACAGACCCCAACGCCACCCUGAGCAAGGACGAGGCGGCGGUGCACCAGGACGGGAAGCCGCGCUACAGCUACGCCACGCUGAUCACCUACGCCAUCAACUCCUCCCCGGCCAAGAAGAUGACGCUCAGCGAGAUCUACCGCUGGAUCUGCGACAACUUCCCCUACUACAAAAACGCCGGCAUUGGCUGGAAGAACUCCAUUCGUCAUAACCUCUCCCUGAAUAAAUGUUUCCGGAAGGUGCCUCGACCGAGAGAUGAUCCUGGAAAGGGCUCCUACUGGACCAUCGACACGUGUCCAGACAUCUCCCGCAAGAGGCGGCAUCCUCCGGAUGAUGACAUGCCACAAGACUCCCCAGAGCAAGAGGCGAGUAAAAGCCCCCGAGGGGCUGUUCCAGUCAGCACAGAAGCAUCUUUGCCACCUGAGGCAACCUCCCAGCUGUCACUCCAGAGCACCACCCCCAUUGCCAACUACAGUCAGGGUGCAGGGCCUGUGGAUGUUGCCUCUACUGUAGCAGGGGGGCAGGGCCGUGAAGGGGCUGAUGUGCCAACUCCACUGUACAGUGCCAACCAUGACUUCAAAUUCUCCUAUUCUGAGAUCAACUUCCAGGAUCUUAGCUGGUCCUUCCGGAAUCUCUACAAAUCCAUGCUGGAGAAAUCCUCUUCCUCCCAGCACGGUUUCUCUUCUCUCCUUGGUGAUAUGCAGCCCUCCAACCACAACUACUACAUGUACCAACAGCAGCAGCAGCAAGGCCCUUCAUCAGUGGGUGCUGCCACUCCACUCCACACUCCAACCCCAGAGGGUUGUCCAUCCCAAGGGGGAAAACAGCAGGGUGGUGAAGGUUAUGGCCCUCCACCAGUGAUGUCCAUGCAUCCACCCCCAAUGCAGCAUGGAGGCUACCACCAGCAUCAACAACAUCACCCACACUCCCACCCACAACAGCAGCCACACCAGCAGCAGCAGCAGCAGUCACAGGCUUCAAUCAACAGUGCUGGCUUUGCUUUCCCCCCUGAUUGGUGCUCCAACAUUGACUCCCUGAAGGAAAGCUUCAAGAUGGUAAACCGGCUGAACUGGUCUAGCAUUGAGCACUCCCAGUUCUCAGAGCUGAUGGAGAGUCUGCGCCAGGCUGAGCGGAAGAACUGGACGCUGGAUCAACACCACAUUGCCAACCUCUGCGACUCCCUUAACCAAUUCCUUACCCAGACUGGGCAGCUCCCUCAUCUGGUUGGCCCACAACAGCCCCCUCGAAUCUCUGAUUCUUGUGCCCUGAACAGUGGCAAACAGGAGCAACCCAUGAAUCAAGUCAAUUCCUAUGGUCAGCCCCAGCCUCCCCAUCUCUUCUCUGGGCCGUCUCCUAUGUAUCAGAUUUCCACCCAGGACUCUCCAGGAUACAAUCGCCCAGCUCACCAUCUGGUUCCUCGGCCUCCAGGGCCUCCUCCAGGUGCCAAUGAGGAAAUCCCUGAUGAUUUCGACUGGGACUUAAUCACCUAGCAAAUUACAGACUCGAUAGCCCGUCCUUUGUGAAGGACGAGGGAGGGGAGGGGGACAGGGGGCCAGCGGUGCCAGCACCACCCUCCCCAGCCUCCCUGCCUCACCUGUGUAUAGAUCUAUAUUCUUUAUCUCCGCCAGAGAAGCCACCGCAAGAUGCUGCCGAAGAUAAUCCUUCCUUGCCUCCUGUUUUUUUUUUCUUCUUUUUCUUUUGGUUAUUAUUAUUAUUGUUAUUAUUAUUACCAAUAAUUGAGCACAGCCCUCCCCCUCCUCUGGUGGCCUCGGGCGCAUCAGAAUGGCUUCUUUCAUGUCGUGUGGAGGGCAGAAAGAUGGGUCCUCGGUGCCCUGAAAAGACCUCGCAAGGCUGAGUCCUCGAGCGCAUCUUCCUCUGCCUCCGUUGUUUCCCGGUUAACAAUCCCUCUUUCCCUUCAAGGUGGCCAGCAAACCUGCCACGUUGGCUACCGGAGUGAGAGAGCCUAGUGAACCCUGGCGGCCUCUACUUUUGUUGUCUCAUGAAUGUCGUGACGGUCAGGGGGCUAAAGGGACACUGGAGCACGUCUUAGCUCUGUGAACUUUCUGGCACCGGGAGGAAAAGUAGAGUUCCCAAGUGCAAAAGGAAGGGGUAAUCCCUAAGGCAGGGAGAGCUGAGCUGGGAGGGUAGCCCUUAGUUUGGAGAAAGGAGAAGGUAGCAGAGAGGACAUUUCAGCAGAAAAGUUGAGUUUAGGAGUGCUGUGUCAUCCGUGAGGACUGAGAGCGUGAGGGAGUUCUGCCCUGCUCUGUGCACUGCCUUUUGCAGUCUCCAAGUGAAACAGCCACAGCUGUCAGACGAAGCAGCAGUCAGGGGUGGCACGUGGUUCAGCAAAUGCCAGUCCCCAGAGCUUUUCAUGUCACCCCACACCUCUUCAGACCCUUCUUCAGAAUGUGUCACGAGGCUCUUACUUGCACAUGCAAAUUGGGAAGUUUCCUUCCAUCAGUACUUUUUCAGUUGCCAGCCCCUUGCAUUUCUUUGGAGACUGUCCUUGCCUGCAGUUGGAGAGUGGCCAAAGCCAGGAGCCUUGUGGCUUGGGUGCAAGUUCUCAGUCAGUGGUUCCCCUUUGGGGAAUAAGCUAAUGGUGGGGAGAGAAAGCUGCUGCUCAGAGGGGAGAUGGAGUAGAGGAGUUCUGGUCAAAUAACUGGGAGGCCCUCACGAGAGGGUUUUGUAAGAGGUACAUGAGAAGAGAGAGGACAAAGUGGGGCAACUGUUUUAAACCAAACAGACAGAGGUCAGUAUAAAAGGGAGGAGGAUGGGUCUCCCCUUGCAGUGUGGCUGGGGAGAUGAUGGAAUCGGGUGUAAGUCCUGAGGAAUAAGGGUUGUCAGCACUUGCAAAUCAGGAAGGCAGAGAAGGUGCCAGGAACAAGAGAGAGUGUUGAGACUCCAUCCCCAAAGCUGUGUCCUGUGUUCCCCUUUUUUCUGGUAUGGGCCCAUUCUGCCAAACCUCUUGAGAUCCCUCUUGGUGUUCUGUAAAUCCUCCCCCCAGCCCUUAUUCCCUCUCUGCCAGUGAAGGGAACCGAGAUGACCUGAAACCAUCGUGGCCACUUGACAGGCUCGGGGCAGGGCAGGAGUAGUAUCUGCUCUGGCUGCUGCCAGGUGGGGAGCUGGCCUGGCAUGUUCCUGUGCUGUAGGGGUACAGCAGUCGGACCUUGGUCAGGGAAGAGGACAGCCUGGACGUGCUGCGGGGAGGGGACAGGCAGUUUUGGUUUGUUGGGUUUUUUGUUUGUU